GAAUGUAACAUGAAAUCUCACAACCGCUCUCACUUCAUGCUGUAGAAGACAAUUUUUAACAAUUGAUCAUCUCUCAACCGCUCACUUUAAAUUAUCCUUUUGCAAGUGGGACUUUUCUCCAUCCAAAGUUUGAUUCUAUAUCGAUCAAGUCUUCGUCUGCGUCUCCCUCUUUGUCUCAACUCUUCACCUUCGUCUUCGUCUUUGUCUCAACCUCAAGUCUUCGUCUUCGUCUUUGUCUUCUUCUCAGUCGGGCCGACAUUUGUAUGGACCACGAGAGAGUAGGGAUGGAAAACCCACACCCAUCAAGACUCUCAAGUCUUGUAAUAUUUCUGUAUAUAGCUUGCACUUAUUAGCGACUUAAUUAUCAUAAUACAAUCACAAUUUGCAGCCAUGGAGAUAAAGCUUUCUUGCAUUUUGCAGUAUGCAUUCCUAAUUACCAUAACCUUUCCAAUGCUUUCUUCUGAAACCAAACAACCUAAGAGCCUUGCAACUGAUCAAACUGCCCUUCUUUCACUCAAACAUAGAUCUCUUUUACUUGCAACUAAUUGGACCAACUCCACCUCCGUCUGCAGCUGGAUUGGCGUCACUUGCAGCUUGCGCCACCCAAGAGUGUCUGCGUUGAAUCUCUCCAACAUGGCUCUCUCCGCCACCAUUCCACCGCAGCUCGGACACCUCUCCUUCCUCAUCUCCCUCGACCUCACCAACAACCUUUUCCAUGGAGAUUUGCCUCAAGAGCUGUCUCUCCUUCGCCGUUUGAAGUUCAUAUCUUUCCGACUCAACAACUUCACCGGAGACAUCCCUCCGAUGUUGGGUCAGUUACCAAAAUUAGAGUACUUGAAUUUACGCAACAACAGCUUCAUAGGUUCCAUCCCAAAAUCGCUCUCAAACCUCACAAACCUACAAUUUCUUGACUUAUCAUUCAAUUCUCUAAGUAGAGAAAUUCCAAAAGAGUUGGGAAGACUUCAAAGUCUACAAACUCUGAAUGUUCAAUUCAAUCAUUUGUCGGGUGCUAUACCAUCAGCCAUAUUCAACAUCUCGACCCGUGUAGCUAUAGCUUUGACAGGCAAUGAAUUGAGUGGAAGUCUUUCAACAGACAUGUGCCGUAAUCUUCCAUUUCUUGCUGGGAUUUAUCUUUCUGACAAUCAGCUGAGUGGCGCGAUUCCCACAAAUGUAUCCCAAUGUUCAGGGCUUGAGGUGUUGGGCCUCUCUUACAACUCUUUUAGUGGGGAGAUACCUUCUGAAAUCGGCUACUUAACAUCUCUUCAGCAUUUAUCUCUUGGUGGUAACAAUUUGAAUGGAAUACUAUCACAUGUGAUUGGCCAACUUCAGAGUCUUGUUACUUUUGGUGCUGAACAGAAUGAGAUUGCGGGCUCAAUUGAUUUCAUUUUCAUGAAUAUGUCUUCUCUGCAAACCUUAAUACUAUGGCGUAACAAAUUCACGGGGAACCUUUCAAGGGAUGUCGUGAAUAUUACCAUGCUAACAGAGUUAGAGCUCCAUGAAAACCAUUUCACAGGGCUUAUUCCCACUGAAUUUGGCCAACUUUACCAUUUGGAGACAUUAUACCUACAAUUGAACAGCUUGAGUGGUUCGAUUCCACAUGAGCUCUUUAACAUUUCAACUCUUCGGAUUCUUGCAAUUAACAACAAUGCCCUGUCAGGGGUUCUUCCAACCCAUUUAUGCCAUGCCUCUCCCUUUCUCGAAGAACUUUAUCUUGCCAUAAAUUCUAUCACCGGAGCAAUACCCAACUCCAUCUCUAACUGUUCUCAACUCACAAUUCUCUCACUUGCUAUAAACAAAUUCAGUGGUUAUAUACCUACUCAUCUCGGCAACCUAAGGCAUCUCCAAAGACUUGAACUGUCCACCAACAAUCUUACCCAGGCACCAUCUUCUUCCUUCAUUACUUCAUUGACAAAUUGCAGGUCUCUAACUGAAUUGUCAAUUGAUGUUAAUCCUCUAAGCGGCGUCAUUCCAGCUUCUGUCGGGAACUUAUCUUCCUCACUCGAAAGAUUCACUGCCACCAACUGCAAAUUCAGUGGCAGCAUUCCUGUUGAAAUAGGCAAUUUAAGCAAUUUGAUGAUAUUGGAGUUGUCAGCAAAUGAGUUAUCUGGUAAUAUUCCACCAACUAUAAGCCAUUUGCAUCAACUUCAAGGAUUAGAUCUAUCUCACAACAUGUUGGGAGGCUCAAUACCACAUGCUAUAUGUGAUCUAUUCCGCCUCGACACUUUAGUUAUGAGCCACAAUCAAUUUUCAGGCCCAAUUCCUAAAUGUCUGGAAAAUGUCUCUUCUAUAAGAAUUCUUCAUCUAGGCUCCAACAUGUUGAAUUCAAGCAUACCUUCAAGCUUAUGGGGCCUAAAAGAUUUGAACUCUCUAGACUUGUCCUCAAAUUCAUUAAAUGGGUUCUUACCACAAGAGAUAAGUAACUUAGGAGCAGCAAUACAUAUAAACCUAUCGAUGAAUCAGUUGUCAAAGUCUAUUCCUAGCACUAUUGGGAAGUUGCAGAAUUUGAUUAAUCUGUCUUUGGCAAAUAAUAGACUAGAAGGUUCUAUUCCUGUGUCAAUGGGAAGCAUGAUCAAUUUGGCAAAUCUCGAUUUGUCAUACAACAACCUCUCUGGUUCAAUUCCAAAGUCUUUAGAAGAACUUCAACACCUCGACUCCUUUAAUGUCUCUUUCAAUAGUCUAAGUGGAGAAAUUCCUAAUGAAGGUUCUUUUAGAAACUUCACUACGUAUUGUUUUAAGGGUAAUGAGGCACUGUGUGGAAUCCCCAAGUUCCAUGUCCAAAUUUGCUCUUCAAUUACUAAUCACAGAUCAAAGAGAAAGAAGGUGGAACGAGCUUCAUUUAUUGUUUUCGGGGUUGUGGCUUUCAUCUCAGUUGUUUCUUUGGCCUUUAUAAUUGUCAAAAACAAAAGGAAAGAUAAGACGACUAGCAGAGAAGGUGAUGAGUUGAUAUUCAUUGUGCCGGAAAGAAUCUCUUAUUAUGAACUGCUGCAAGCAACGGAAAGAUUCGAUGAAAGCAAUUUACUUGGCACUGGGAGUUCUUGCUCUGUUUAUAAAGGAAUUCUUAACAAUGGGAAGGAUAUCGUUGUCAAGGUGUUUAAUAUGCAGCUAGAAGGUAUUUCAAGAAUAUUUGAUGUCGAAUGUGAGAUACUACGUAGCAUUCGACACAGGAAUCUGACAAACGUCAUAAGCAGUUGCUCCAAUGAAGAGUUCAAGGCAUUAGUACUUGAAUAUAUGCCAAAGGGAAACCUUGAAAAAUGGUUAUAUUCCCACAACUAUUGCUUGAAUAUGAUGGAAAGAUUGAAUAUAAUGAUUGACGUUGCAUCUGCUUUGGAGUAUCUUCACCACGGUUAUUCAAUGCCCAUUAUCCACAGCGACUUGAAGCCUAGUAAUGUGCUGUUAGAUGAAGACAUGGUUGCCCAUGUAAGCGACUUUGGGAUAGCAAAGUUGUUAUGCGGUGGACAUAGCUUUGUGUUAACCAACACGCUAGCAACAUUGGGUUACAUCGCUCCAGAGUAUGGCUUGGAAGGGCUAGUUUCAACAAGGUGUGAUGUGUAUAGCUACGGGGUGAUGUUGAUUGAAACUUUUACGAGAAAAAGGCCUAGUGAUGAUAUGUUUUGCGGAGAUAUGAGCUUAAAGAGAUGGGUAGAAAUCUCACUUUCAGAUGAAGUGAUAGAUGCCAACUUAGUCAUGAAUUUGGAGGAAGAAAUGAUUGACAAGAAUAUGAAGUGUGUAUCAUCCAUACUCGAAUUGGCUUUGAAAUGCUCUGCCGACUCUCCCGGGGAUAGAAUCAACAUGAAACAAGCACAUGCAGAGUUGCAGAAAAUCAAACAUCGAUUUACAGAAACAGCGGCGGCCGUUCGCCGGAUCCUACUCGCACUCCCAUUCUCUGCUCAAACUUGACACAAACAAUGGAACCUGCAGGAGAUUUACAGAGACGACAAUGGCGGUGCACGUGUGAAGUGUGGGUGAGAAAUGAAGAAGAUGAAAUUGAAAUUGAUAGAAUGUAAGAGAAUAACUGUCAGAUUACAGAGUAAAAUAUUUUCGAUGCUAUUUCCUUUCUCUCUCUCAAUUAUAUAGAACUCUCUUAACUAAAACAACGUUUCUUCCUUUUGAAAGUGCGACUUCCUUCUCUCCUAUAUCUCUAACGUAUGUUGUUCCUUCUUCAUAACACGGUCUCCCAAUUGCAGCAGCGGCGGUAACUUACUAGGGCUCAGCUUAGUACUCACGAUGGGGAAAUUGGGAAGGAAUGCCGCCGGCACUGAGUCGGACGACGGCGACUCACCGGAGAGGAGAGGCGGAUCGAGAGAGAGAAAUGGCGGCUGAGCGUGAUUUAGGGAGAGAUUAGAGAGAGACCGAUUUUGAGGGAGUAUUGAGCGUUGGGCUUUGAUUAUUCAUUCAUUGGGCCUCUAAAUUGGACUUUUGGUUUAACUAUGCCAAUUGGACUACCUUUUAUUUUAAUGUAUCGAACUCGAAAACUCUAAUGUGAAAUUUAAUAGGAUCCUACUCACACAAUUACACGCA